UGGCGAAAAGUGGAAUGGUCAAAACACAUCAACGGUUCUGAUCGUGCGAUACCUGUUCGGAUUCAGGGUUAAUUUCGUAAUUUGACGUUUCUGACAGAUACGUAUAGGGCCCGUACAAGCCCGUAUGGCCCGCGACUGUUCUGUACGUAUUCGGUCUACCGUCGUGUACGUGGCGAAGUCACGUGCGUGUACCGAAGAGGAAGGGACGUAUAAAACCUUCGUCGGCUGCUCCGCCUCCCUCGCCCCACCAUUUCCCCCCCAAAUCAGGUACGGAGAAAACCCUCUCCCUCGGCCACUUCGUCUUCUCCACUCCGUCUCCAGUGCCAGUUCUCUUCUCCAAUCCCUUCUUCUCCGCGCAUUUCCGUCGAAUCGGAGGCCGAUGGAGGGUAGCAGCUCCACUGCGCGGGCGUCCGCCGCUACCUUGGUCAAGAACACCGGCGUGGCGGAGGCAGAUGUGGUGCCGGGUGGAUGGAGCCGUCGUGGUGCGGCCGCGUCGGGCGGAGGCUUGGUGCUGACGGUGGCGGAUGAGCAGGAGCACGGACUCGGCGGCGAGAUCGUGCCGGAUCUGAAUGUGCAGCCAAUGGCGGAAGACCCUCUGCUUGGUGAGACCUCCUCUGUCCGCAAGAGGAAGUUUGAGGAGUUUGAUGACUCGGAGGACUCUGGCCACUCCUACAUUUCCAGCGAGGUCGAGUCCGGGGACGCCGUGUCGGUAAGAGAGCAUUCUCAAUAUUGAU